CGUAGGCCUUUUUCUCCAAGCUGCCGGCUGCGUUGGGGGAUUCUGGGAGUUGCUGCUGUCCACACAGGGGCCCUUUGUCAUGAGCUCUGGUGUUUCUCCUUCCCUGUUGUUUGCCGAACUGGACUCCUCUGGCCUCACCUGGUGUAGGUGUGUCAGGUGGGCGGUUUUACCUGGCCCAGGUGCUAAGAGGGCCAGGGGAGGGCCAAGAAAGGGGGAAGGAAGGAAAGAAAGGAAGAAGGAAAGGAAGGAGUGGUGCAGAGGCAGAGAAGGGAGGGCACUGCUGGGUGCCAGCCUGCCUCUGCUGGGCAAGGGCCAAUCCCUUUGGCAAGGAAGCAGGUGAAAGAAGCAGGUCAACUCAGGGAUCUGUAACUAGAGGGCCUUUUCUAGGCCACUUUGCCCCCUCGACUAGUGGGCUGUCAACUAAAGAAGGUCAGAAGAUGGUGCCCAGGUUUAAAAGCCUUUGAACAAACAUGGCUGUGAGAUUCCAGGUUGCUGAAAUGGAGGAAAUGGUGAUCUGGGAGCAGUACACAAUAACCCUAAAUCGAGAUCCUCGAAAAGGUUUUGGCAUUGCCAUCUCGGGGGGCCGAGAUCGUCCAAGCAGCAUCGACAGGGAUGUCUCGAUUAUCGUUUCGGACGUUGUCCCGGGAGGACCAGCUGAUGGCCGACUGCAGACCCGGGACAAAAUUGCCAUGGUCAACGGCCUCUCCAUGGACAACGUUUCUUCCUCUUUCGCCAUCCAGACACUGAAAAGCUGUGGCCGGGUCGCCAAUAUUACAGUGAAGAGACCCCGGAAAGUCCAUCUCCCAGUCUCUAAAUCCAGCCCACCCAAAGGCGUCCCUCUCUCCAGCCCUGCUUCACACUCCUCUGAGGGCCGGAACAAGGAUUCGGAUGAGGACAGUUAUCGGGGCGGCGAACCGUAUUUGGGGAGCAGGCCCGGCGGCUACGGGCAGCGCCAGGCAGAGGCAGAUCACAAUCGAGGCUAUGAUGGGGACUCGUCCAGUGAGCGGAGCUCUGGGCAUUACCGAGACCAGGAAGAUGCCCCCCACAGGCAACCAGUCAGGAACCAGAGGAGGAGCCAAGACAGGGGCCUCCGCAGAUGGAGCCACGAUAGUGGAUCUGACAGGCGCCCAUUCACCAAUGGCUAUGGCCCCAGAGGGAACGCCGGAGGGCUGGCAUUGAUGUCUGGGUUCAAGAGGCUGCCGAAGCAAGAUGUGCCAACGAAACCCGUCCGCACGGUUCUUACGAAAAGCAAAGAGAAUGAAGAGUAUGGCUUGAAGCUGGGGAGCCAGAUCUUUAUCAAACACAUUGCGGACACGGGGCUGGCAGCCGGAGACAACAACCUGCGGGAAGGGGACCUCAUAUUGAAGAUCAAUGGUGUGGCCAGUGAGAAUAUGUCUCUUGCCGAGACACGGCAGUUGAUAGAGCAGUCUGAAGGACAACUCACCCUGUAUGUCUUACGGGAUAACAACCAGUUCUUGGUCAAUAUCCCCGAAGUGAGAGACAGCGAGAGCGAAAGUUCCCACUUGGACGACAUCUCCGAUCUUGGUUCUGACAUCUCACCUCCACCACCGGCAGAGAGCAGUCCACGCUCACCCGAAUCUCCGCGCAGGAAUUCUCCCUCAGCAAGGAGACAUUCCAGCAAGAAACAAGUGCCAACAGAGGAAUUUACUCCAAACCCAGUUUUUGAUACUCAGGAAGUCCCAGAGAAUGACCAUAAUGCCCAUGAGGAUAUUACAGUCUCUCCAAGUGGUGGCUAUUAUGGGUACAGUCCAGAUUCCAAAGUUGUCCAUUUCAUCAAGGCCCGGAGCAUUGGGCUCAGACUUGCCGGUGGCAAUGAUGUUGGUAUAUUCGUGGCUGGUGUGCAAGAUGGUAGCCCAGCAGAGAGCCAAGGCAUCCAGGAAGGUGAUCAGAUCCUCCAGGUCAAUGAAAGACGCUUCCAUAACAUGACUCGCGAGGAGGCUGUACAGUUCCUCAUGGAGCUGCCGCCGGGAGAGGAGGUGACUCUGCAUGUCCAAAACAAGCAGGACAUCUACAUGAAGAUGGUCAAGUCCAACGUAGGAGAUUCCUUCUACAUCCGCACCCAUUUUGAUUUUGAGAAGGACACACCUUCUGGGUUGAGCUUCACCCGUGGGGAGGUCUUCCAUGUGGUGGAUACGAUGUACCGUGGCAAACUGGGGAGCUGGCUUGCCAUCCGGAUGGGCAAGGAGCUCCAAGAAAUGGACAAGGGCAUCGUCCCAAACAAGAGCAGGGCAGAACAAAUCGCCAGCCUUGAAUCGGUCCUCAAAGCCACCUCAGGCACCUCCGGUUCCUCCGGUGCGCGUGCCGAGUUUUGGAAGCUGCGCGGACUGAGAGGGGCCAAACGCAAUCUGCGGAAGAGCCGUGAAGACCUAUCAGCCCUCACCAAACAAGGCCACUAUCCACCUUACGAAAGAGUCAUGCUCAAGGAAGCAACCUUUAAGCGUCCGGUGGUGAUCCUGGGGCCAAUCGCCGACAUAGCCAUGCAGAAACUGUGCACAGAGAUGCCGGACGAGUUUGAAAUUGCUGAGAGUGUCUCCAGAGAAGAAGGAUCAGCCAAAGUGAUCAAGCUGGACUCCGUGUGGCAAAUUGCAAAGCAGGAUAAACAUGCGCUGUUGGAUAUCACGCCUGCAGCAGUGGAGCGCCUCAAUUACGUCCAGUACUUCCCUAUCGUGGUCUUCUGUGAGCCAGAGAGCCGACAGGGUGUCAAAGCCAUGCGCCAGUGGUUGGCGCCGGACUCCAAGAAGAGUUCGCGGCGCCUAUAUGCCCAGGCCAACAAGAUGCGCAAGCACUGCAGCCACCUCUUCACGGCCACCAUCAGCCUCGCAGAUGGGUCCAACAGUUGGUACCAGCAUCUCAAAGACAUCAUUCGGAUACAACAGGCCCGGCCAAUCUGGACAACGGAAGAGCAGGUGGAUGUCUCCGCUGAGGAAAGCUUAGAUAUGUUGAACCAAACGUCAGCCACCAGCCCUGGCUACCUGACCUGCGACAGCCGUGCCAACAGCGACUAUGAAGAGACGGAUGCCGAAGGGGAGCCCUACACGGACCAGGAGCUGGAAGAGGCUUAUCAGGAACCAGCCUUGUCCCGCUCCUCCGAACCCACCGAGAGGAGCCUAGAACAGGACCUGAGUGAGCGCGUGGCGGCCGCUUUGGCCUAUCCCAUCAAUCUGCACGAUGGUGACCAGCAACCCCAAGGACAGUGGCAGCAAGAGAGCAACAUCAGGGAGUACGAACACGACGCCCUGCGCAAGAAGUUCACCCAGGCCCGGGCCUACGACUCUGAAUCGGAUCAGGACUAUGGUUAUGACUGGGGUCCUGCCACAGAUCUGUAAACAUAGAUUGCAGUGGGACCAGUAAAGUUUUCAUUUUUCAGCUUGUCCAGGAAAAGCAAAACGACAAAGAUGGUUCCGUCCACUAUGAACUAGGGAUAAACGCUUUCCCUUGGUUGUGGUGACCUGUGCCUUUUGAAUACCCCCCAUUCAGCGGACACUCACACUACCUAUAUUUUUAUCAUCUCAAUGCAGCCAAAAAGAACAAUCUUCCACAAGGUGAAAUAUCCGGUACCUUGUUACCCCUUUCCUUAGUUCUUCUUGUCAGCUUAAGCCAGAGGUACAGUACAUGUAAGUUUUUUCUACCCUCAGAUGAGAUCCACCCCAUUUCUCUAUCAUUUUAAGCUUUCCUAACCUGCCACAGUCCAGAGAUUGGAGUAUGGUUGCCAUCAUCCACUCACAUUUGUUAAGGGUGAUGGGAGUUAUAGUCCAGCCCAUAUGGAGGAUUGCAGGGCUGGUGCUGCUGACAUGGCACUUGUAUGAGGACAUCCCUACAACCGUUGGUAUCCUAGACCAUUCCAAUUAUGUAUGGCUUGCCCCAAGAAUUAUGUAGCUGGGCUUUUGGUUUUUCUUUGCACCCCAUUCUUAAGGUAUGUCUGCACUGCACAAUUAUGUCAGUUUCAUACUGCCUGAAUCAAGGAAUGCUAAAUCUUCGUCAUCCUGUUAAUUGUGGCAGUUCAAGCCAAAGGUGAAGCUACAGGAAGGCAAAAUGGUGGCAUCCUCCUUCCAAAUGAAAAUUUCCUCCAUUUUCUAUCAUCAGAAGUAAUAUAAAGCAAUUAUAGCCAGGGUGAAUGAUUGUGUCUCACUCUGCAGUGCUAGAAAUGUUGGGAAUGAAGGAAUAUUUCAUGGAGGAAAGAAUUGUUACUUGAAGGAGAAAGGCCCCCCCCCAAAUCUUGCCUUUCCCAAGUGGCUCAGGCAAAAGCACACAGCUGCAGGCUCACCUAGCUUCUCUGCUCUUCCUCAUUUAUAACAUUUGCUAUCUUGACCACACUCUGAUGUUGCUUGGCCACACAUAUCCUGCUUUCAUUUUGAAAUCUUGGAGGGUAUGGUUUUUAGAGCGCUAUAUCCCUGUACAGUUCCAAAGCCCUGUACAGUUUUAACAAAGGCAGUGUUCACUUUUCCUUUUUCAAAACUGCCACACUCCCACAUACUUGGGACUGGGGUUUAUUUUUAUGGUCUCUAACAAUAAAUACACAGUCAGAGUGGACAAGGAAGGUACUGAGGACCCUGGGAUUUCUCUGGUUUGUUAUCAGGGUGUACAGCCAGGCUUUCUCCGUUCAUGGGACUUUCUUUUAGAAAGCUAUUGGGGCUGUGUGUGGUUUAUUUUUCUGAGCCCACCACAUGUGCCUUUGUAAUAAAGAGACUCUUUUUAGCCAAACUGUAUGUCCUGUUGAGUACGAACAAAGGGGGAAAAGAAUGGAGGCUGUGCAGGGCAGUUUGGGUUUUUUCCUGCUGCGGGAGACAUGGAUCUGAUGUUCUAGUGUUAAAUGCAAUACUUUUAUCUUUAGAACAGCUUAA